CUCGCAGAGAUAUCGCAAACGUACGAACCUUCCUACGACGACGGUUCCAUGGGAAUGAGUCGGAGGGGGGCUCCGUGGACCUUCGAUGCCGAGGCACUGGCYCKCGACCUGGCCGAGGCGAAGCGCGCUGGUUCCGCGAGCCUCCCGGAAUACGAUCGMGUGCUCUCGGAUCCMGUGGAAGACGCCGUGCGGGUCGAACCCUCGCACAAGAUCGUCAUCGUCGAGGGGAACUACCUCCUCCUGGGRUUGCUCGAGGCCGAACUCGAUGGCGAUGGCAGCAUUGGCAGCAGGAAGCCMGUGGARGGGUCCAAUCUCAGCGGAAUUUGGCCGGGUGUGCGGGCCCCGUUCCCUGUCGGCCAAGAAAUAGGGCGGUGGAAGAAGACGGCGGAGCUAUGGGACGAAACAUGGUUUGUGUCUCCCCCCGACCGUUGUAGCGACCACGACAAGAAGACCGCAGUGGAAAUCCAGAGGGACCGGAUCAUCGAGCGGAGCCUGGAAACGUGGACCGACUCGAAGACGAAGGCCUGGGGCGGUGGAACGGACCGCGAGGCCGCGGUUCGGAGGGCCGAGUUCAACGAUGUCCCCAACGCAAGACUCGUAAAUUGCUGCCGUACCUAUGCCGAUGUCGUCGUCGACAGCAUCUAGAACGCCGGAAUGAAACGAACAGACCACU